AUGGCACCCCCCUCGCCUCGACGAUCUUCACGAGCCCGAGGCAAUACAGUCUCUCAAUCACAACAGUCGUCGACUACGUCGAGUCUCUCUAGCCGCGGCGAGAGGAAUACAAGAUCUCUCAACAAGACCUCUUCCGCAAAAUCCACACCAAGCGCCUCGCUCUCCUCAGAGCCCCCCGAGGACCUCGAGGACGCACUUCCCUCACGACGUCGGACCCGCGCCCAAGAGGACGCCCGAGACAAGUCUCGUAUUGAUCCCUACGACAUGGCUACCGGAAGCGACGACGUCCAGGAGGACGACGAGUCGGUGCGCUGCGUCUGCGGCUUCGAUGAAUACCCGGGUCCUCCGCCCUUCGAGGAGGACUCCAAGCACGGAAAGCACAACCCGGAGGCAGACUUCUUCGCUAGCAUCGAGCUGUCAGACGAGGUCUCUGGUUUGUUCGUCCAGUGCGAUGUGUGCAAGGUCUGGCAACAUGGUGCCUGCGUCGGUAUUUUCACCGAAGAGAGCUCUCCCGACGAGUACUUCUGCGAGAAGUGUCGGAAUGACCUACACAAGAUUCACACUGCAAGCAAUGGACAACGCUACUCAAAUUACCUUCCACUCAACCGUCCAUCGCGCGCGACGUCCCGAGCUGCUUCCCUUGUCAAAGACGGCACCCGCUCACCCAAGGAGACGAGCAAAAAUGGCCGAGCCUCGUCAGCAACACAAGCUCAAAAGCGAAGAUCGACCAUGAACAGUCGGGACGCUGCAUACGACGAGGAUGAACAGUUACGAAGAGCCAUCGAGGCCAGCAAAGAAGAGGCUGUUCCUGACCAGCCGGAAACGCGCCGACCGAAGCGUGGCCGCAGCGGCAGUGAGGAAAAUCUCGCAAGUCUGAAGAGGCAACGAACAAGCUCUCCUUCAAUGUCGCCGCCCCCCGAAAAAACACAAGCAAUUGAAGACGAGUCAGAGGAGGAAUCAAUCACUCGUAACGGACAGAAGAAGGCUCGCGGCGCCCGCAAUCAGCGAGAGAGAUCGGAGCGUGAAGAGCGCGACCGUCAACGUGCUGAGGCCGCCAAAAGCAGAAAGGGUCGUGCGGAUCGCAGAAGGGCGGAGGGUACUACUACCACUACCACUGCGGGUGUCGUCAAGGAGCCUGAAGCUCAUGUGGCCACAGAUUCAGAUCCGUCGGAAGAAGUCCCUCUGGCGUCCGCAAAACCUAUUGUGAAGCUAACAACGGAGCCUCCUGCCCCGGUUGAAGCGCCUCCGUCGUCUGCGCCGACCCCCGAUACCCCGCCGGCGAACCCGGCACCCACUGGCAGCACGCACAAGAAGUCGAGUCGCAACAACCAGAAACGUGGCAAGGGCCGAAACCAGUAUACGAAGGAUCGAGACGGACAUGAAGAUACGCCUGCGCGUUCGAUGUCCAGAGACAUUGCGCGGAAUCACGACGACCAUACUGGCGCUGGAAUCAGCAAACACGCUGGCGCGGACCAGUCUAAGCAUCAUGGAGCUAAGCACAAGGCCCACAGCACCCAGAGCAAGGUGUCUAUGAACGAGAUGAAGCGAAGAGUGACAGCUUUUCUCGACUUCAUCUCCAAGACGCAAGUGGAGCUGGCGGGAGAAGCGCUACCAGGGUCACGAAGCAGCCAAAACAGCUCUCAGCAACACAGUCCGCGCGCGACAACCGCGCCAGAAGCACCAAAAAUCAGCGUCAACGGCGCUGCAAGCACAGAAGCAAAGGACUCCGCUGUCGCGAACGGGUCGUCCAGCGGAAACGAUUCCGAGUCUAAGGAGUUUAAGGCUUUAAACUGUGUGGAAAUGAUGGACGUUCUAACCCGGGACCUACUUCGUUGGCAAAAGCAGUAUGCGCCUUGA